AUGGCGACUCAGACUACAGUGUCCUACACUACUACACGCACCUUGUCCACCCCGGCUCGUUGCCUGAACCCUGAUAACAUCAACCCCCACGUCACGGAGGCCAAGUAUGCCGUCCGUGGUGAGCUUGCUGUCAAGGCCGAGGAGUACCGCGUGAAACUGGCCAAUGGAGACAAAUCGUUACCUUUCGACAGUGUCAUCUUUGCCAACAUCGGCAAUCCCCAACAGCUCGACCAGAAACCCAUCACCUUCUUCCGCCAAGUACUCAGUCUCCUCGAGAACCCUCAACUGUUGAACAACACGGAAGCACUUCGUACAUCCUUUUUUUAUGAACAAGAUGUCGUUGACCGGGCCAAGAAGCUCCUCGCGGAUGUCCAGAGCGUUGGUGCUUACAGUCACAGCCAGGGAGCGCCUGUGAUCCGCCAAAGUAUCGCCAAAUUCAUUGAGGAGCGUGAUGGAUUCCCGGCCAACCCUCAGGAUUUGUUCUGCUGCGCUGGUGCCUCGUCUGGCGUCAGCACCAUUCUCAAUAUCAUCUGCAACGGCCCCCAGGCCGGUGUCCUCGUCCCUAUUCCGCAAUACCCUCUUUACACUGCCACCCUUUCUCUCCUGAAUGCGCAAUGUGUACCCUACCUCCUCGAAGAGCAAAAGGCUUGGGGUACCGAUGUGACUGCCAUCCGUAACUCGUUGGCGCAGGCCCGGUCUACCGGCACUGACGUUCGUUCGAUUGUGGUCAUCAACCCCGGUAACCCUACUGGUGCCUCUUUGAGCGCCGAGGAUAUCAAGAAUGUUCUUGACCUUGCUGCGGAGGAGAAGCUUGUUGUUAUUGCGGACGAGGUUUACCAGACGAACGUUUUCGAGGGCGAGUUCAUUUCGUUCAAGAAGAGGCUUCGUCAGCUGCAACAGGAGACACCAGGCAAGUAUGAUUAUGUGGAGUUGGUCUCUCUUCACAGUGUGUCUAAAGGUAUGGUGGGCGAGUGUGGCCACCGUGGUGGCUACUUUGAGCUGGUUGGAUUCGACCCUGAGGUUCAGGCCCAGAUCUACAAGCUUGUGAGCAUCGGACUUUGCCCACCAGUCAUUGGACAGUGUUUGCUUGAGCUUAUGGUGAACCCACCCAAGGAGGGCGAAGGCAGCUAUGAGCUGUACCAGAAGGAGUACAAUGGAAUCAGCGAGGGACUGCACAAGCGCGCCUUUGCCUUAUACGAGGCCUUCCAACAGAUGGAGGGCGUUGAGUGUCAGAAACCUCAGGGUGCCAUGUAUCUCUUCCCCACCAUCACUCUCCCACCCAAGGCCAUUGAGGCUGCCAAGGCUGAGAACCGUGCCGCCGAUGAGUUCUACUGCUUGCGUCUCCUCGACGCUACCGGUGUCUGUGUUGUCCCUGGCUCCGGCUUCGGCCAGAAGGAGAACACUCUGCACUUCCGCACAACUUUCCUGGCCCCUGGCACUGAUUGGGUUGAACGGAUCGUCAAGUUCCACUCCGAAUUUAUGGCCAAGUACAAAUAA